AUGGCUCAAUUUGCCGUCAAGAUGACGAUGCCAGAAGCGAUCAAUAUUUCAAAUUAUCAGUCGCCCCAGGUUCUCAUCAAUAUAUUUGUCCUCACCAUCUCCCUCGUCGCCUUCUGCAUGCUUUUCCGACGCAUUUCUCGUCUGUCUCCUCCAAAAGCGCCACGAACAUAUCAAACCCCCGCUCCAGUUCCGCGGAUGAGACUCGCACAGAUGUCUUCCCACAUUUCGAAUGGCCAUAACAACGGCUCACAGUCCAACGGCCAUUCCGAUGCCACGGCGACACUAGCAGAUAUACCCAAGUCGAACAACUUCACGUCGAAACUCCCUCCAGACCCGCAAUUUCCCACUCCGAUCGAUUCCCAUAAGGCCCCUCGACAGAAGUUGGGCCCCCGCAUGGUUCGAGGGGCACUAUACACCUUCGUCAGACCCGAACCUACCGAAGAGCCUGAAUUGCUCGCAGUCAGCAAAGCCGCACUACGUGAUAUUGGUCUUGCCGAAAGUGAGGCAUCCUCUGAAGAAUUCAAACAGGUGGUCGCUGGCAAUAAAUUUUACUGGGAUGAAGAGAAGGGCGGGGUAUAUCCCUGGGCGCAGUGCUACGGUGGCUUUCAGUUUGGCUCGUGGGCUGGUCAACUGGGCGAUGGUCGGGCAAUCUCACUUUUCGAGACGACCAACCCAAAGACCCAGAUCCGUUACGAGCUGCAAUUGAAGGGCGCAGGCAAGACGCCCUACUCUCGCUUUGCGGACGGCAAGGCAGUCUUAAGAUCGAGUAUCAGAGAGUUCAUCGUGUCCGAAUAUCUCAACGCAAUUGGAAUACCCACCACCAGGGCUCUGUCGCUGACUCUAUGUCCCAAGUCCGAGGUCAUCAGAGAACGCCUGGAACCUGGCGCGAUUGUCUGCCGAUUUGCUCAAACAUGGCUGAGACUGGGUACAUUUGACCUCCUACGAUCAAGAGGCGACCGGGACUUGAUCCGGAAGGUUGCGACUUACAUCGCUGAGGAUGUCUUUGGCGGGUGGGACAAACUUCCUGCAGCCUUGCCCGCCGAGACUACAGACGCCCAUCUCGACCCGGCGAGAGGCGUGCCCAAGGACGAAAUACAGGGCAAGGAAGGCGCGGAGGAGAAUCGCUUCACCAGAGUCUAUCGAGAAAUUGUUCGAAGAAAUGCCAAGCUUGUGGGUAUGAUGCAGGCGUACGGAUUCAUGAAUGGAGUGCUCAACACCGACAACACGUCCAUCUAUGGUCUAUCGCUCGACUAUGGGCCAUUUGCGUUUAUGGACAACUUCGAUCCUGCCUACACGCCCAACCACGACGAUCAUAUGCUGAGAUACAGCUACCGCGCACAGCCGAGCAUUUUCUGGUGGAAUCUCGUUCGUCUGGGCGAAGCUCUCGGUGAAUUGAUUGGUGCUGGAGAUAAAGUUGACGACGAAGAAUUUGUUGAAAAGGGGGUGCACGAAGACUUUGCACCUGUCCUGAUUAAGCGUGCCGAGACUAUUAUCGAACAGAUCUCCGACGAAUACAAGGCUGUCUUCCUGAGCGAAUAUCGCCGUCUGAUGACGUUGCGACUGGGCUUGAAGACUCAAAAGGAGAGUGAUUUUGAGAAGCUGUUCUCGGAACUGCUCGAUACGAUGGAAGCGCUGGAGCUUGACUUCAACCACUUCUUCCGCCGACUGUCGUCGGUGAAAGUGGAUGAUGUCAGCACAAAAGAAAAGCGCGAAAGCACCGCCGAGAGAUUCUUCCACCGAGAAGGUGUCACUGGCCUCAACGAAUCGAACGAUUCUGGCCGGGAAAAAGUGGGCAAGUGGCUUGAAUCGUGGCGUGAGCGGGUAGUUGAGGAUUGGGACAUCUCCGACGAGACCACAGCUUCCGCGGCUGACGAGCAGCGAGAGAAGCUUAUGAAGAGUGUCAACCCCAACUUUGUGCCGAGAGGCUGGUUGCUGGAUGACAUUAUCGACCGCGUGCAAAACAAGAAAGAAAGAGAUAUCCUGAAGGGAGUUAUGGAGAUGACGCUUGCUCCGUUCGAGGAUGAAUGGAGCUGGAACGAGGAAAUUGAAAAGAAGUACUGUGGUGAUGUGCCUAGAUUUCAGAGGGCGAUUCAGUGCAGCUGCUCGUCAUAA